AUGGUCUCAUCAAUUUUUUUCGUUAUUGCGUUGCUUACAGGCUGGAGUAUUGUUUCCAUUCAGGGAGGAUUAAAGCUUUCAGGAAUCAUGAUCAGCAGACAGGACUACACAUACAGGGCACUCGAUGCUUGUAGGCAGUGCCACGAGCAGGUUUACCACUUCUUGAACAGCAGUUUUGAGGAUGCUUUGAAGCAAAUGGAGCUCGGAAGCACUUUGGAAACACCAAUGCCCACAUAUUACACGGCCGGCCUUCAUGCGGAGACACAGUCCCAGGUGAGAAACACUUUGCGGAUUUAUCGGAAUGCACUCGACGAUUUUGGUCUCAGUUCCAUCUCCAUAAGCUACAAUGGUGGAAAGGACUGCUUAGUCAUGCUGGUGAUCUAUUUAGCUGCCAUCUACGACAACUAUCUCAAGAGCGGCAAGAACAUUUCAAAGAUCAACUCCGUUUACAUCAACAACGAGGAAACAUUCCGCGAGCAGGACGUUUUUUUGAAGGAAAGUGUCGCAGCUUACGGGCUCGACUUUGUUCCAUUAAAGAGUGGUAUGAAAGAAGGCUUCACGGAGUACUUGGACAAAAAUCCGGAGAUCAAGGCCAUCAUCGUCGGAAUACGCAGAAUAGACCCGUAUGGAGCCCAUAUGAACGUCAGACAGCACACAGACAACGGCUGGCCGGAUUUUGUGCGUUUGUCUCCUGUUUUGGAAUGGAACACGUCGGAAAUAUGGUACUUUCUUCGGGCUACCGGGACAAGCUACUGCUCCCUGUACAACAAGGGUUACACUUCGCUAGGAGGUGUGAAUACUACAAUACCAAAUCCUUUGCUAAGACGUGAAGAUGGAACUUAUCUUCCGGCAUACAUGCUUCAACAUGAUAAUGGGGAGCGGCUUGGCAGGGUCACGGACAGAAAGAGUGGCCAGCCGGAUCGGAGAGAGGGGAAGUUGUAG